AUGUUCCGUCAAGGUUCGUCGGUUGUGAGACAGCAGUUUGUGUGUGCGCGCGCACAUCGUAGGUGGUUGGCUUGUGGCAGUCGUUGCGGAGGAUGUGGCAGUUCGUCGGGAAGUGGGGGAAAGUCGUUCUCCUCUGUGAAUCACAAAGAGGUUAGCAGACAUUCGGUGGAGACCGACGCCGUGUUGCAAUUGCAGCCGAGGGUUCUCAACGCCGCGACGGUGAAACCUACCGCAGAGACACGAAAGGAAAAGAAGCUGUGGAAGCGGAAUGCAGACAAGGACGAGUCUGCCAUCCCUCCUCUCCACCUCGACUUCUCCGACGUGAAGACAACCACGCUGUCGGAACGUGGUGCUCUGAGGGAGGCAUCGCGUUGUCUGAAGUGUGCAGACGCGCCUUGUCAGCACAGCUGUCCAACGCAGGUGGACAUCAAGUCGUUCAUCGGGAGCAUCGGCAAGAAGAAUUACUACGGGUCUGCGAAGGUCAUUCUGUCGGACAAUCCGAAUGGGUUGACCUGCGGAAUGGUGUGUCCGACCAGUGAUCUGUGUGCUGGCGGAUGCAAUCUGACGGCGUCAGAAGAGGGUGCCAUCAACAUUGGCGGACUGCAGCAAUUCGCAGUAGAAAUGUUUGCCAAAAUGAAUGUUCCACAGGAUGCCCGGUUUGAUCGCAUGCACGGAAGUGCGCUUGUUGGUCGAACUUGCACUAAAGACUUUGGUGUGAGGAGUAGUUAG